AUGCUCUCCGUCCUUCGCCCCCAAGCGCCGACACUCCGGCUCGCGUUCAACGCGCACCGCGCCUUCUCAGCCAGCAGCACGAGGCGCACCCCCGAGGACGAGAUUGCGCGCGUCAUGGACCUCGCCCGCGAGAAGGCCGUCGGCAAGCCCCGCCCCAAGGCUGGCGGCGACACGCUCCGUAUGCUCAUGUUUGGCAAGCCUGGUGCUGGCAAGGGCACGUUAUCCUCCCGUCUCGUCGAGAACUACGACAUCGACUUCAUCUCUACCGGCGAUGUGCUUCGACACGAGAUUGCUGCCGGGUCAGAAGUGGGCAAGGAGGCCGAGAAGGUCGUUGCUUCCGGAGGCCUCGUCUCCGACGAGCUCAUGCUCGAGAUCGUGAAGAAGGAGCUGGAGCGACACCGGGGCAAGUCGUGGAUUCUGGACGGAUUCCCGCGCACGCUCGAGCAAGGCAAGCUGCUCUCUGCCGAGCUUGGCAAGGCUGGAAGGCCGCUCAACAUGGUCGUGCACCUCAAUGUCCCGGACAGCGUGAUCAUGAGCCGGAUUGCUGCCCGCUGGGUUCACCUCCCAAGUGGCCGCGUGUACAACGACGACUUCAACCCGCCCAAGGUGCCAGGCAAGGACGACGAGACGGGCGAGCCGCUCAGCAAGCGGCCAGACGACACGCCCGAGGUGUUCUCGAAGCGCCUGGCGUCGUUCUACAAAUCGACGGCCCCGCUCCUCGAGUACUUCGCGAACGAGUACCCCGAGGCCCUGCACAGUCUGAGUGGGAGCACGAGCGACGAGCUCUGGCCGCAGCUGCGCGAGCUAGUGGAUGAGUUUGGCCUCAAGGAGAGGUAUCCGCCCCAGGGGAGCCUGGAGCGGGAGCACGUCCGCGAGGAGGCGGACGACCUCAAGGACUCGGCGGAGGUACCGGUUGGUGGCGACAAGGUCGCUCACCUCAAGUAG